UUUUACCUUCUGGUAAUUCAUCGGUUACAUCACAAGAGGUCUAAAAGAUUGGACAAAAUGAAGAGUCUUUAUAUCUUCUGCAUCAUGGCUUUGAGUGUGGACCUCGUCCAAAGCCGUGUUCAGAUAUGCCAAGACGCCAAAAAUGAAUCCUUUACUAUUGCAUGCGGGUUCCCUGGGAAAGAUGGUCUUCCAGGAAGAGAUGGUAACGUUGGACCCAAGGGUGAUAAAGGAGAUCAAGGGCCACAAGGAAUCACAGGUCCAACUGGACCUCAAGGACCUCCUGGGGUGCCUGGGGAAAGAGGACCACAAGGACCACCAGGUUCAAAGGGGGACAGAGGUGACAGUGCGGCAUCAGCUCUCGAAGCUCUCAGAUAUCAAGUAAACUCAAUUGAACAACAACUCAGAUCUGCCUUAGAGGCUCAGAAGAAAGCUCUGGUUUUCAACAAAGGGACGAGCAGCGGGGACAAAAUGUACAUCUCAAGCGACGUAGAAGUGACUUAUGGAGAAGCCGUCCAAAUGUGUUCCAAGGCUGGAGGCCAGUUGGCUACCCCGAAGAAUAGCGCGGAGAAUGACGCUGUGAGGACAAUCGCUGUGGAGAAGAACAAACGUUAUUUCCUCGGAAUUAACGACAUUGACUUUGAGGGAAGUUUCCGUUAUCUGAAUGGACAGACGAUUGGCUACUCAAACUGGUUAUCCGGUGAACCCAACGACUAUCGCCAGGCCGAAGACUGCGCGGAAAUGUUCGUUAAUGGAAAAUGGGGCGAUAUAUGGUGUCAGGAAAGAAAACCCGUCAUUUGUGAAUUCUCCUGAAUUUUUUUUAAUCUUUACAAUUUUUGACCCACGUUGAUUUCAUUUCAUAUUAUAUCAAUAAUCUAAAAUAUCAUCAAAGUAGACAAUAAUGCCAUUAAUUAUUAAAGUGGAGAAAAAGAAGAAUUGUAGAAGAUACAAGAUAACAAAAAAAUGUAUUCACUAUAAAAAAAUAAUCAAGUAGAAUUCUACUCGUAUCAAACAAAACCCUACAUGUUUUAGAUUGUUUUUCCCCUAAAUGAUUGUUUUCCUUACAGAGAUCUAUAAAAAGAAUUGUAUUUUAAAUAAUUGCAUAUCUUAUAGGUUUUAAUAUAUUUUGGGGAAAAAAUCCUUGAUUUCCAGUUUAUUAUAAUGAUAAAUUUGUGAGUUUUAUGAAUUGUCAGGCUUGUAAUUUGUUUCCCUCAAUAAAAUCUUUUAUGUUUUCAUUUUA